UCAUCUUUUUGACGUCAUCGAUUCUGCAACAUAGGUCAUUUUCUGUGAAAACGUCUUGUUAGGCCUUAUAAAAAUAAGGCCUCUAAACAGUUUUAGACUGUGACGUAGUUUUUAGGAGCAUUUUUGCUUCAAUGAGUAUCAUCGCAGAAGUUAGAAAGAGGACACAUCACUUGUUGAUGGAGUUGUUUCUGAGGGCGGGAGGAGAAUAUUGCCAGGCACAACACAAGUAAACUAGCUGUCUAUGCUGAUUUUGUAGUACAAGUAGUCCAUUCUGCUUGUGGUAGCUGUAUGGGGUAAAUAGUGGACUAAAGCCUCAGCACAUGAGCAAGAAAGGGAGACCUGGUGCUGAAAGGGGAGGUUGUGAUCAUUAAGAAAGUUGAGAGUAUUUGAUUCAUACUGUUUAGUGUUUUUACUUCUGGUGAUAAUCUGAGAUUUGAUUUAUUUUAUUCAUCUUCUGAAUUUUUAUUUUUAAUUCCAAGCAACGGCUAGUUUCUUUAUUUUCUGUUGUGUAAUGGACAUUAUGAAACAAAAAACAAUGCGGCCAGCACCAUCAGAGAUUACCUACAAGAAUAUGCGAUUUCUUAUUAUGGAUCGACCAACAGAUUCGACUAUUCCCAGUUUCUUGGAGGAGUUGAAGAAGCACAAUGUUAAGGAUGUCGUGAGAGUUUGUGAAGCCACCUAUAAAACUGAUUUGUUGGAACAAGAGGACAUUAAUGUACACGAUUGGCAGUUUGAUGAUGGCUCACCUCCACCAGCUAAAAUAGUAGAAGACUGGUUUAACUUAUUGAAAACUAGAUUCAGAGAAGACACAGAUAGCUGUGUGGCUGUACACUGUGUAGCUGGCUUAGGAAGAGCACCAGUUCUAGUUGCUUUAGCACUGAUAGAAUUGGGUAUGAGGUACGAGGAUGCUGUUGAGCAUAUUAGACAGAAACGAAGAGGAGCUAUCAACUCUAAACAACUCUCCUAUUUGGAAAAGUACCGUCCGAAAUCCCGACUGAAAAUAAAGAAUGGAAAUAAGCCAUGUGCAAUUCAGUGAAAAUGCAUCUUCCUCUUGACCUCCAUUAAUUUUUGAUUGGCUUUUAUUUCUGACUAGAUGUUAAUGUAAUGGAAUUGUAUUCUUAUUGUGAAUAUGACAUUGUUGAGAGGUAUUUGUCUGAUUGUAAUAUCAUGUUACCAUGCCCACAUCUUCCUACAGGAGUGUUACAUGUAUUCCAUCUGUUAGAUAUAUGUUGUAAACAUCCUGUUGUAAUGUGUAUCUUAAGUGUAAGUACAACAACAGUUAGAAAUAACUGUUUUCUUUAAGACCUAGAAUUUUAUUUUUAUUUUACUUCAUUUAACUGAAAGAAAACCCUACUUAUCAUGUUGAUUUUAUUUGAUUGUAAAAAUGUAAAAUCCUCCUCCCCUCCCUAAAAAGUAGAUGCAACUGAAAAUGAUUUUCUUGUAGAGUUGAGUUAUUAAAAGAUUGUCUCACACCAUCAGAUAAGAUCAUAAAAAAAAAUUAA